UCCCUCCUUCCUUCUUUCCCCAUCUCGCUUCAUCUCCAUCUUCCCCUCUCCCUCCACAUUCAUCACACAAUGGCCACUUCUCUGCGAUUGAGCGCAAGCGCUCUCCGCUUCACUGCUCCCCGCCGCUCCGCCGUUGCUUUCAAUGGCUUCCGCAGCUACUCCAGCAAGACCCAGUCUUUGAAGGAGACUUUCGCCGCGAAGCUCCCCGGAGAGAUCGAGAAGAUCAAGAAGCUCCGCAAGGAGCAUGGCAACAAGGUUGUCGGCGAGGUCACCCUCGACCAGGUCUACGGCGGUGCCCGUGGCAUCAAGUCGCUCGUCUGGGAGGGUUCCGUUUUGGACUCCGAGGAGGGCAUCCGUUUCCGUGGAAAGACCAUCCCCGAGUGCCAGGAGGUUCUCCCCAAGGCUCCCGGUGGCACCGAGCCCCUCCCCGAGGGUCUUUUCUGGCUCUUGCUCACCGGCGAGGUCCCCUCCGAGCAGCAGGUUCGUGACUUGUCUGCCGACUGGGCCGCUCGUUCCGAUAUCCCCAAGUUCGUUGAGGAGCUUAUCGACCGCUGCCCUACCGAUCUCCACCCCAUGGCUCAGUUCUCUUUGGCUGUCACCGCUCUCGAGCGCGAGUCCAGCUUCGCCAAGGCAUACGCCCAGGGAAUGCACAAGUCGCAAUACUGGGAGCACACUUUCGAGGACUCCAUGAACCUCAUCGCCAAGCUCCCCACCAUUGCUGCUAAGAUCUACCGCAACAUCUACAAGGAUGGCCGCGUUGCUCCCAUCCAGAAGGACAAGGACUACUCUUACAACUUGGCCAACCAGCUCGGUUUCGCCGACAACAAGGACUUUGUUGAGCUCAUGAGGUUGUACCUCACCAUCCACACUGACCACGAGGGUGGCAACGUCAGCGCCCACACCACCCACUUGGUUGGCAGUGCUCUCAGCUCCCCUUACCUUUCUUUGGCUGCCGGUCUCAACGGUCUUGCCGGUCCUCUUCACGGAUUGGCCAACCAGGAAGUGCUUGUGUGGCUCCAGAGGAUGAAGAAGGCCAUUGGCAACGACCUCAGCGACCAGGCCAUCAAGGACUACCUCUGGUCCACCCUCAAGGCCGGCCAAGUCGUGCCCGGUUACGGCCACGCUGUGCUCCGCAAGACCGACCCCCGCUACGUUUCCCAGCGCGAGUUCGCCCAGAAGCACCUUGCUGAUGACCCCAUGUUCAAGCUUGUCAGCCAGGUCUACAAGAUCGCCCCCGGUGUUCUCACCGAGCACGGCAAGACCAAGAACCCCUACCCCAACGUCGACGCCCACUCCGGUGUCCUCCUCCAGUACUACGGCCUCACCGAGCAGGGCUACUACACCGUCCUCUUCGGUGUGUCCCGCGCUCUCGGUGUCCUUCCCCAGCUCAUCAUCGACCGUGCCGUCGGCGCCCCCAUUGAGCGACCCAAGUCUUUCAGCACCGAGGCGUACGCCAAGCUUGUUGGUGCCACUUUGUAGAUUGACAACGUGUAUUAUGAGGGAGUUAGAACAUUUAGGCAAGAUGCUGUGGGCCUUGGGCGUCAAGAUUUG